AUGAAUAAGGUCUACGGUGGGACGAGCUUGCCCAGAAGGAACCUGCAUUUUCAUAUUAUUGUUGUUGUAGAUUGUCCGUGCGCUGGUGAUAAUCCUUUGAUACCGGGCCAGCCUCCCACAGGAGCGGAAACAAAUACUGCAGCAGCGAACAAGGAUCGAAUAGCAAGUAAUGGGCAGGUGUUCCCUUGGCGCGGAGCACGGCUGCCUACCUUCGUUAUUCCAAAACAUUAUAGUUUGUGGCUGCAUCCAAAUUUAACCACGGGAGAGUUGCGAGGUGAAGUCUCGAUAGAUUUCAAAUUGGACCGGGACACAAGUUUUGUUGUUCUGAAUGUUAGAGACAUGAAUGUAACAGAACGAGCUCUGUUCAAGACUGGUGGAGCCCUAGGGCCUAAAGUGGCAAGAGCACUGGAUUACCCCGCGGCUGAUCAGACUUAUAUAGAGUUUAAGCUUCAAGACGAAUUCGUGGAAUCCCUUCCAAUGCCCCCCCACAUGGUAUCGCUGGCCGUGUGCCGCCUGCAGCGCGUGGCGGCGCCCCCUCCCCCCGCGCCGCCGGGCGCCCCCACCCCCGCGCCCCCCACCACUCCGCCCCCCACCUCUACACCUCCCACCACGGAACAACCAGACGACGAGGUGCUGCCGCCGCCAGAAAUCAGCCUGUACAAUAUCGUAGUUGUGGAAAGUGGCAACGCCUAUUCAGAAGGCUGGGGUUUGAUCAUCUUAGCACCUGCUACACUCUCUGACACUAAAACUAUAGCCAGACUCCUGGCGCAACAAGGCGCCGCGAUAGUGAGUAUGGCUAUAGAGGCGGCGGGCGAGGAGGCGGGGCGCGCUGCCCUCGCACGCCUGCUCAAGUACCACCGCGCCGCCAGCGCCGACGCCAGGGAUCUAUGGCGAGCGUUACAGCACGACGGUGGGGAUGACAGCGCGCGCGCGCACGCGUGGGACGGCUGGUGCGAGCGGCCCGGCUAUCCCCUACUCAGCGCUACUACAAAAGGGGACGAUAUUGUACUACGGCAAGAGAGAUUUAUCAUGACAGCUGAUCCCCCAGCAAUGGACGCUCCUGUAGUGGACAGUCUGCUGACCGCUGACCUGAGAAGCGAGCUCGACGAGUUAUUCUACGAGCCUGAUAACAUCACUGACACGUUAGAGGAUGACUUGAACGCGACCACGACCGCCGCCCCCACCACGACCACUCGCCGCGUCCCCACCACCCGCGCCCCUCCCGCGUACAAGUGGGUCAUACCGCUCACGUUUGUAGUAGGACCCGUGGAGGAUACCGACGAAGAAGACUUGGAUAACAUCACUAAGAUCUGGAGGAAUGUCACCGAGAACAUGCAGAAUGGGACUUGGUGAGAAUUUUGGCAUUAGUCCAUACCAGGGUUGGCAAAAAUCCGAUAUUUAUAAUAAAUGUCAAACUAUCCGAUAUUUUAUAUUUAUCCGAUGUAUAUCAUGCAUAUGAAAAGCUGCGAUUUUUAAGGCUUUAUUUAAUAUUUGAUCUUUUAAAUCAUUAGUAUAAAAUAAAGAUUGAGUUUAUUUAUUAAAAACUAACUGGACGCACUUCGUCUUCAUAUUACAGGGAAACGUGAAAUUUCUAGUAAAUAAGAUUGCUUCGGCGGGUCAAUGUUGCCAGUAUCACAUCGGGUUGGUUAAUUUACUAGAGUCAAUACUCAAACUAACAAUAAAUUUUAUAAAUGUCGAUUGAUAAAUAACAACAUAUAUAAGAGUCGAUAUAUAUCCGUUGAUAUUAAUCAGCGAACCCUAGUCUAUACCAAACUUAUUUCGUCUACUGACUUUCAGAUAUAUUAUUUAUAAGCACUCCCGUUUCUUCACCUACAUAAACUCUACAUUUAUAAUUGUGCUAUAUUAGCGGAGACUAAACAUUCAUUCUAAGCGUGGUUUUUACUAAAAUACUAAAGAGUUAACUUGAGAAAUACAACUUUUCAAAUCGACUGA